UCACAUUUCAUCCGGGCUACAGGGGGAAAGAACAAAAGAAACAGAAAAUAAUCAAAAUUAGUCAACAAAAUAUAUCAUGUUAUCCCGCUCAGUUAGAGCCGAAACUCGAAGCAGAGCGAAAGAAGAUAUCAAACGUGUUAUUAAUGCAAUUGACAAAGUUAGAAAAUGGGAGAAAAGAUGGGUGACUAUAGGAGAUACAACCAUGAAGAUUUUUAAAUGGGUACCAGUCACUGCAUCUGAAACCAGUCAGGGUGGUGGUCUUAAAAGAACAAUAAAGGCAAGAGGUAAAACUGCUGGAAAGAAGACAGAAAACAAAGAAAAUACACCAUCUAAUGAUAGGAGCUUUUCUAGUCAAGGCCCCUCAAGUGUUUACACAGAUGAGAACACACAGCAGUCAACUAUGUCUCAACCUGAUAGUGAAUGUUCUGGGUUUAUUAAUGAAGAUUCUAACCAAUCUUAUGCUGAGAAUUCUAACAUGGCAUUUUCUCAAGUUGGAGAAGAUAGCAAUGAAUCAGAUCAGAAUAGAUCAACUGAUGUCAGACUAGCCAUGAGUAUGAUGCAUGAAGAAAAGAAAGAUACUAAUGAUUCCACUACAAGCAAAGAAUCAGAAGAAUCACCGAUCAAGAGACCAAAAGCGGAAUCAUCAUGAUGAACCCUUAUGUUAGACCAUCAUUUUAUCAUCAUAUUGUCUAAGUGAUUAAUAUUGUAAAUGCAGAUAUUUUUUGGGGGAUGUUAAAUUUGAUAAUUCAUAAGGAACAAUUUAAAGGGUUACAUUUUUCACUAAAGUUUCCAUCUAUACUGCCAAAAACAGUGUUGUAAAGAAUAAACCAUACACUCUUAAAUCAUUUGAAUAUGAAUGUUGUAGAAUAACGUGUAUUAAUUAUUAUUCAUGGGUUCCAAUUUUCAUGGAUAUCUUGGUUACAGGUGAACCACGAAUUUAAAUUUUCAAAGAAAUACAAAUUUUCUAAAAGUUUAUAUGAAGAAUUGGGCAAAACCAAGAAAUCAAGUAUCCAAGAAAAUGCAAAUAUUACUCAAUCCUCAAAAAUUGGUACCCAUGAAAUUAAAGGAAUCAAUGGAUCAGUUAUGUUAGAUGCUGAGUAAAAGGUAAUGUUAUUUGAGUAGCAGUUGACAUGAGAUCAUUCAUUUUGAUACUAGAAUAUGAAUAUGAUACUUAAGACUAGAAAACUGUGUUCAACAUUUUGUCAUAUUAUCUUAGAUUGAGUUGUUACAUAAGCAAUUUGUAAAUAUGAUGUUGUAUUAGUAAAAGUUAGUAGUAUAUA